AUGGCGGGGCCCGGGGCGGCCGCGGCAGCGCUGCUCGCGGCGGUGCUGCUGGCCGUGCUGGCGCCCUGGGCCGGCCGAGGGGGCGCCGCCGCGCCCACCGCACCCAACGGCACGUUGGAGGCCGAGCUGGAGCGUCGCUGGGAGAGCCUGGUGGCGCGCUCGCUGGCGCGCCUGCCGGUGGCCGCGCAGCCCAAGGAGGCUGCCGUCCAGAGCGGCGCCGGGGACUACCUGCUGGGCAUCAAGAGGCUGCGGAGGCUCUACUGCAACGUGGGCAUCGGCUUCCACCUCCAGGUGCUCCCAGACGGCCGCAUCGGCGGCGUGCACGCGGACACGAGUGACAGCCUGCUGGAGCUCUCGCCCGUGGAGCGGGGAGUGGUGAGCAUCUUCGGCGUGGCCGGCCGGUUCUUCGUGGCCAUGAGCAGCAGAGGCAAACUCUACGGCUCGCCUUUCUUCACUGAUGAGUGCAAGUUCAAAGAGAUACUCCUCCCCAACAACUACAACGCCUACGAGUGCUACAGGUACCCCGGCAUGUUCAUCGCCCUGAGUAAGAACGGGAAGACCAAGAAGGGGAACCGGGUGUCACCCACCAUGAAGGUCACCCAUUUCCUCCCCAGGCUGUGACCCUCAGAGCCCCCGGGAGGGGAGUGCCAAGGGCCACCUUGGUGCACUUUCUUCGAAUGGACAGUUUAACUCAAGAGUAGGUGUAAGAUAUUUAAAUUAAUUAUUUAAAUGUGUAUAUAUUGCCACCAGA